GGAAAGGGAAACGAUGAUGCAUGCUAUAUGCUGACAGGUUACACACAAGUACCUGAGUUCUUCAUAUCCAGGUCCAUAUAUGGUAGCAGAAUAUGGGACAUCGGCAUACUUACCUACUUGGUACGCAAGUGUGCAUAGUGCAUGCUCUUCAGCCGACUAUCCUCGUGAUGAGUAUAACCGCCUUGCAUCUAGAGACUCGAACUUUACCGCUGACUGGCGCUGAUAUGUCGGGUAUCGUCACGUCACUUCGCUGUCGUGUGCCAUGUAGCAUAUGCCGUAAGAUCAAGAACACUACAUAUCUACAUACAUCCUUGGUAAAUUGCGCGGCUAAGCAUAUCUAUACAUUGGCAGCAUCCGGGUUCUAUCUGUCCCAGCCAUCAGGAUCGGCGCCAGAACGGAGGGGAAAAAAAUUACCGACUGGCGUAGAAAGAAAAAAAAAACCUUCCCCCUUCCCACUACACCCAUUCAUAUACCUAUGUACCUAGUCCAAACUAGAGGAACCUUGCCGCGCCGCUUCGGCGCACGUACAUAUGCUAUUUAGUG